UCCCAGCCUCAGGCGAUAGCUUGUUUAACGUGUUCUCAGAGGCUUCUUCGCCUCAGGUUCUGUGGCAAGGAGGUGACUGGCCACCGCCCAGACGCGCCAGCCUGCGAAGCCCGAGGGCACGCGGCAGCCGAGUACGCCUGCGCGGGGCCUUGGCGGAGCGGGGCGUCGCCCACCGCGCGUUGGGGGCGGAGCCUCGGCCGGAGCUCGCGCUCGCCGCUGACCUCCGCAAACGCCGGCCCGUGACGUCACCUCGCCGUGACGCGCGCUCUGUAGGAAAACUAGAGAGAUGGAUGCCAUGUGUCAUCUAGUACAGAAAUUCUGAAGUUAGAAAACAUUUGUGAAGUCAAGUCCCUUCAAGUAAGUCUUAGCAUGGGCAGAGAAUGAAGUUUGCUACCUCAGACACUUUCAGACUCACGUCUUUCUUGUAUAUGGGAUCUCUAUCUUGGAAAAUGGUUUAUAUCUUUUAAAGUCGAUUCAUCAAAUAUAUUUGAAAGAUGGCUCUCCAAGGCCAUGGGAGUAAUAGGAUCAAGAUGGAUGUGGACCCUGCCCUUGGAGAGUCUUGAAUCUGUCAAUGAAAUUAAUAAGAGAUGGUCUGUGUUGGGAGUGCAAAGGUAACACGGCAUAGCAGAACUUCAGCUGAUCUAGGAGAUGGUUCCCAGUCCAGAAGCACUGUGGAGAAGGCGCUGACUCAGCAUAUGUCAGAAUCCCUUGGGAAGGCAGUGUGCACAGGUGAAUCAAAUAUCCCUUCUGGAACAACACAGAGUGGGAAAAGUUCACAGAGUAAGAGUCAGUUCAGGACCAUUGCACCCAAAAUUGUGCCCAAAGUUCUAACAUCCAGAGUACUGCCCUGUCCUUCAUCACUUUCUGACCAAGUCAGUCUGGCACCACCCCUUACCUCCAAGCCCCUGGGCAUGCCCACCCAGAACUAUGCCCUGAUGCAGGUGGCUGGCCAGGAGGGGACAUUCUCUCUUGUUGCUUUGCCAAGUGUCACCUCAGCACAGCCAGUUCAGAAGCCCAGAACAGCUCUGCCUGAAAACCUUAAACUGCCUAUUCCUCGAUACCAACCACCAAGAAGUAACAAGGGAUUAAGAAAGAAAUGGGGCCUGAGCUCUCUCAAGAGUGACUGUACUAAACCUCCUCCUGACCCAGCCCAGACAUGUCAGAUGAUCCCUUGUCCACCAGCCCAUCCUGAACUGCCACACAAACCCAGCCCACUGAAGCAAAUGCCCACCUUAGACCCUGCCCCUGCCAGCAUCCACACAGCUACACUGACUAGUGGCCAAGGAGAUUCACAUCCUCUAGUGACAAACAGCCAUGGAGAUCUGGACCCUCCUGCCACCCCAGCAUGUUCUGCAGAGGAACCCUCUGCCACUCAGAGCCUCUCAGGGGUUUUGCAGAAAGCAAGCUGUGCCAGUAAGGAGGUAACCACAAAGCCUGCUGUUGCCAGUGAAGAGCUUAAAGAACAAGUGGAUCCUGCCAUCUUCAGCAGUGCAGUUCCACUGGUCUCUUUAGCACCCAAGGGUAAACUGGCCAUCUUGCCCUCCUCAAGAGUGAAAAUAACAGAGACAGACAAACCAGAAUCAGAUGCUGACAUUGUGGAAUCAUCUUCAUCUAAACUUGGGGCAAACCACGAUGAGAGAUCGCCCAUCACUGAAGGCUUUAGCACACCUACCAAGAUGACCAGAAAGAUACCUACCCCACAGGAUUCAAAGCACAGUGAGUCCUUCUGUUCCAUCACCAAACUAGAUCUCAGCCACAAAGCUAAACUUGGCAGCAGGGCAGCAAAGAGAACAGGAAGAAAACGAAAGGCAUCAGAUGAGAUUUUAGCAUUUCAGGGCAGAAAGAAGAAAUGCAUUAACAUAUGUGGAGAUGGUAAAGAAAGGGCAAGAAACAGUCCCCAAGAACUCAGAGACCAGAAGCCUUUGGCUGCAAGAAAGUACCGUAGCAUCAUGCCUAAGCCUGUCAUUGUCAUGUCUGCUUUGGCUCCCUUGGCCCCCCCUGCAGCUGUGCUGCAGGCCCAGACUCCCAGCAGCCUGGCUCAGGAUGUUCUGCCCAGUAAUACACUCUCUUCAAAACGCCUUGGCCCCAAGCUGAAUGACUAUCCUGCCCCUAAGCCCAGCUCUGCACUCAGAAAUGGAUUCGGUGGCUUUAAGAAACCCUGGCACAGAUGUCCUGUCUGUAACCACCACUUCCAGUUCAAACAGCACCUACUAGACCACAUGAAUAUGCACACCAACAGACAGCCUUACAGUUGUCGGAUCUGCCGGAAGGCCUACGUCCGUCCCGGCAGCCUGAGUGCACACAUGAAGCUUCAUCACUGUGACAAUCGCCCAAAGAAGCUUGUGUGCUGUGAAUUUUGUGCAAAAGUGUUUGGUCAUGUCCAAGUCUAUUUUGGCCAUCUGAAGGAGGUGCACAGGGUUGUGAUAAGCACAGAGCCCUCCCCUAGCGAGCCACAGCCAGGGGACAUGCCAAAGAGCAGGAACAGAGAUGCUGGUGUGCAAGGGCCCACCAACCCACUGGAGAGGGAAAGCAAGUCAAGCUUGGAAGAAGACUUCCUUCUAAACCAGGCAGACGAAGUCAAAUUACAAAUCAGAUGUGGCCGUUGUCAGAUCACUGCCCAGUCUUUUGCUGAAAUAAAGUUUCAUUUGCUUCAUGUUCAUGGGGAGGAAAUUCAAGGCAGGCUUCAAGAGGUGAUCCUACCAGGCAGCAGAGUCACAGCUCCUGACCAGAAAAGGAGGCCAGAGAAGUCAUGUGCCUCUGUGGAGGACCCCCAAGCUUUUCCUAAAUUGAAAGGGCAGUUCCCCCAUCUUCAGCAGAGCAAAGGGGAAGCAGAGGUAGAAAAUGAAGCUGGCCAACUGGGAAUGAAUGGCCUACAGGGCCCUGUGUGCCCUGGGCCCCCACUGUGGACCCAUUCAGGCUUUAACUGCCUGCUCUGUGCCCAGACACUGGGCCAGAAGGAGGACCUGCUCCUUCACUGGGGACUCCGGCAUAACUGUGAGGACCCUGCCAGACUCUGGGCCAUCUUAAGUGCGUUCUUUAACUAGGGAACACCUGAGCUCUACAGCCAAGCAAGACACUGGAGACACUGGCCAGUACCUUUGUAUCACUCUGUUUCUAUGUUGGUAUUUAAUUGUAAGGAUCCACUAGUCAGGGCCAACAUUAAUGUGCAGAGAUAAUUUUUGUACAUAGUUUUAUUUUCCUAAGAAAUAACAUAUAUGCCCUGGUUAUGUUUUUCUAAUUAUAUGCAGUCUCACUUUAAAAUUCCAUGCAUUGUUCCUAGUCUUUAUUUCAAAAUAAAUAAAAACAUCAA